AUGUCGGGGAAAAACGAGCAAGGAAAGAUGGAUGUCACGCAGAAGAAUGUCUUCAAUGCGCCUCUCCACCAACAUUCCUCUACUUCCAACACCCACGUCACGGGCUACAGCUCGGGCAUGUGCUCAUCUGAGAUGCCUCUCGCGCUGUCUCUCACAUCCUCAUUCCUCGACUGGUCUCAACAACAAGGCACUGAUCUCCGUAAAUCUGGUAUCAAAGAGGGCGCACGUCUCUGCGCAUACGUAAACACAUGGAAAGCGGCACUCGACGGUGGCAUUGACAACGUACCCAAGGUGAAGCUUGAGGCCACACAUCACCACGCUUUGGACCUUGUUAGUAUGGAUGUGCUGAAGAAGUACGCUGCGGAACAGGAUAACAGGCGUGCUGAGAGUAGGGUGGUGUUGCCCAAGGAGGGCAAGCAGAGUAUCGCGAGGGAGAGCAAGGAGAUUGGUGGAAAGGAACCUAGGGCGUAA